AUGGCUAGUAGUGCCCAGCCUUCGUCAUUCGUUGGCGAUAGGGACGUCGCCAAGUGGGAGACGCCAAUAAAUAACCACGAGAAUUUGGAGCAACGCUUUUACAAGACAACACAGAGCCUUCCCCUUCCUACAGAGCCGAAAGACUGUUCUCCGGAUAUGGAAGCCCGCGAUAUCAGCAUGACUCACCUUCUCUCGAUCGAAGUGACCGUUCAGGAUUCGGAUAAUAGUCCUUUUGCACACAAGUACCGUGCAUCGCUGCCUGUCAUCCUCUUUGCAUCCGCGCAGAUUCCGAUUGAUGCGGAUAAUAAGUUUAUUCGGUCACUGAGUCCGACAAUCAACGAAGAUGUGGCGUCACUCAGCGGACUGGACGUUCCGCCUGUCUACGGCGCACAUUUACAAGACAAGGUUCUCACAAACUUGACGGAAUCGCUAUCAUUAUAA